CAUGGCAAUUGGGGCGAACCUCCAAAUUUUGGCAUGCGCGCAUCAUGCAGUGACGUCUCCGCCAACCUUCUCUCUCUCCGACAACACACGAAAACCCAGCCACCUCUUUCGACAGUACCUCUACACACGUACACACACUUUCCACGCACGCACACACGAAACGAUGUCAGAAUACUGGAAAUCGACACCAAAGUACUGGUGCAAACACUGCAGCAUCUUCGUCCGCGACACGAAGCUCGAGCGACAGAACCACGAAGCGACAGGCAAGCACCAGGGCGCACUCAAACGGUUCCUGCGCGACCUCCACCGCGGCCAUGAGCAAGAAGAGCGCGAAAAGGACCGAGCGAAGCGCGAGGUGGAGAGGUUGAAGGGGAUAUCAUCGGGCACGGGGUCAUCACAUUCAUCAUCAUCAUUCUCGAAACUCGGUUCGAGCAGCAGCGGCGGCGGCGGCGCGCCCCCGUCAGCAGAGUCGCAGCGCAAACAGCAGAUGGAACAGCUCGCUGAGAUGGGGGUGUCGAUACCGACCGAGUUUCGGGGCGAUAUGGCGAUGGCGGGGGAGUGGACUGUUACUGCGACAAAGGUUGUUGACGAGGAGGCGGAGAGGGAGAAGCCUGUUGAGGCCAAGGCUGUUGGGAGGCCUAGGAAGUGGGGGAGUACUAGGGCGAUGCCGGCUGAUGAUGAGGAUCUUGAUGCGUUGUUGAGUGGGAAUACGCUGAUGAGGUCUGUGAAGAAGGAGGAGGAGGAGGAGAAGGCUGAGGUGGGUGUUAAGGAGGAGGAGGAGGGCCAUGGAGGGGAUGAGGUGAAGCGGGAGGGUGAAGAGGAGGAUGCGACGGGGGUUACGUCUGAUGCGCUGGCUGUUAAGAGAGAGCCGGUGGAGGACGAGGCUGGGAAGGGUUUUGAUGUGCUGGCGUUGGGAGAGGACGGCGUCAAGAAGGAGGACGAGGCCACGGAGACCACGGAGGCCGCGGCGCCGGCGGUGAUGUUUAAGAAGCGCAAGCCCAAGAACAUGCGACAAAAGUAAAUUUUUUUUUUACCUUCCUUGGUGGGGAAUGGAUAAUACAACAUGUCUGAGGUGCAUAGCGAAGGCGUUGGGGAUUUCUUAGACUAGACACGGUGAUGGCCUGACGGAGGUCACUUUUAAAAAAGAUGUACAGAUCAACGGCCGUCAGGGAUAAUAUGAGGAGUAUUUGCAUUACGCUCAACGGCAACAUUGCAUUCGCC